AUGCCUAGAUGUCUGGGUUCAACUCAACAUUUGAAGGACAAGUAUGGUGGAGGUUACAUUCUGGAAGUCAAACUGAAAUCUUCUGAUGAUGAAGAGGAUGUUUCAACACUUGCAGAGAAAAUACAAAAGCUGGAAACCUUUGUGAUGGAUGCAUUCCCUUCUGCCAAUAUGAUAGAGAAUUUCGGUGAACGAAUUAUGUAUAAGAUACCACGUGAUGGUGUGAAAUCCCUGGCAAUUGUCUUUGACACUUUAGAAGAAGGUAAACCAGAGCUAGAUAUAGAAGAGUACAGCUUCAGUCAGUCAACAUUAGAACAGGUAUUCUUACAGUUUGCAAAGAUGCAAGUUGAAGAAGAUAGGCCAGAUGAUGAACAAAUAACUAUAACACCACAAUAAUACAAAGACAUAUUGGGAAGUAAUACAAAAGAUGAUUUGUGCUUCAGUAUAAUGUAAACUUUGUUGAUACAUAUUCAAGAGUGCUGACACUUUGUUUUUUCAUGUUCCAGAGAAUAAAAUAAUAAGUUACUCGAUUAUAUUCUAAUCUCACCUGAAAUUAAAUUAUUAGCAAUGUAAUCAUAGUGUACAUCAUAUUGUUAUGUACAUAAUAAUGUAUGCAUAAAUUAUAGUUAGUAGUAUGAAUAUUUAUAUCCAUGGUAUUAUGUAAAAGUUGUUUUAUGACCCACUAAAUAAUCAAACAUUAAAAUCUUAACAUGUGAACUUUUUACUGUGAUUUUAAUUACCAUAUACUAAGUUUUUUAUCAGUGAUAAUUUUUGUAUUUAAAAAAUAUUUAUUUUAUCAUAUCAUAUCUGAGUGUAUACUUUUCUAUAGUGAUUGUUCGUUGGUCUUUGUACCCAUCAGUGAUAAUACUAUACAGAUAACUAUUUACUGAAAAUACUGAUUUGUCAGCUUUUAAUAUAUAUAGAUUUUAGUAGUGUUUAUCAUAGAGUGCUGGAAUGACUGUGUUCUAUCUUUUGCUCAAUCUGAUUAAAAUCUGAUGUAGUGUACGGGCUUUAAUUAUUUUGGCUAUAAACUUAUUUUGAUUUUAUUUGUUAUUACUUUUGUUAUUAAUGCAUUUUUAUUUUAUUAUUAUUUUACUUUCAUUUUGAUUUCGUGUUUUUUUUAAU